ACAAAGGAGGUUCUAUUAAAACACAAACACAUCCCUGGCUGUGGAAGUACUCAGGGAAUAAACUACAGCCAUUGAUUUCGCCAGCAAUAAUAUUGAAACUGAGAAAUAAGGAGUGAGUCGAAGUGAGCCGGGAAGCGAACCGCAUCAGUCAAGAUGGCACUGAAAAGAAUACAAAAGGAGCUGCAGGACCUGCAGAGAGACCCUCCAGCACAGUGCUCUGCUGGACCAGUGGGGGAUGACUUGUUUCAUUGGCAGGCGACCAUAAUGGGUCCAGGUGAUAGUCCUUACCAAGGAGGAGUUUUUUUUCUCACAAUCCACUUCCCCACCGACUACCCAUUCAAGCCACCAAAGGUAGCAUUUACAACAAAGAUUUAUCACCCAAAUAUUAACAGCAAUGGCAGUAUCUGUUUGGACAUUCUACGGUCACAAUGGUCUCCAGCACUAACAGUGUCUAAAGUUUUAUUGUCCAUAUGUUCGUUGCUUUGUGAUCCAAACCCAGAUGAUCCCUUAGUUCCAGACAUAGCGCACAUCUACAAGAACGACAAAGACAAAUACAACAAACUAGCAAAAGAAUGGACCCAAAAGUAUGCCAUGUAAAGAAAAAAAAAACAUCAAAGAUACAAAAAAAAAAAACCAUGCUGAAAACUUUUCUUUUCCGUCCUUUUUUAAAGUCACGACACACUGUAAAUUAUAGUAUGGGAUCAUUAAGUAAUGUUUGGUAACUUGCAUCAAACUGUAAUGUCAUUGUUAUUAAUCUGAGACCAUGGCCUAUACAUUAUUUGUAUUAUUUUUAAAAGGAAACAGAAGGUUUUACUUUGAGAAAGAUUGCCUGUGCUCAUUUAAUGGAUAUCCUGACAUUUUAAAGUUUGGCAUGUUGUGUUUGCAUCAAGGACACUUUUAUUUAUAGAACCCAAAUUUAAUACAAACUGUUUUACAGCAUUCUUCAUUGUUAAGUCAAACUAGUGAAUUGUAGAACACAAAUCCCACCACAUGCCAGUCAGCAUCAAGAGAGGAGCUGAGUCACAGAGCAGCAGGAUAACGUACUUAUUGCACAAGCUGCUCCAUCACUGGAAAAUCCCAGCUUCAGUCACUGCUGCAUCAAUCAGCAGCCAGCAAGAAACACGCGGAACCAUGGGAAUGUUGGAGUGUGAAUACCAAAUAUGAAAAAUAAAAGAAUACUGACAACAUCAUGAUAUCCCCUUUAACAUUGCAACUUCACCUCACCUUCCUGUAGUGGGCGAUGGAGGCUCUUGUUGAGUUCCUCUGCAUCUCGUUGCAGGUGAAGUUGAAUGAAAGAAUGUACCGUUGCAGUUCCUCUGAAAAUGGGAGCAAUUACAAGUCAUGUAUUACUGUGUUCUUCAUCUCUCAUCAUUAUUAUUAUUAUUAUUAUUAUUAUUAUUAUUGAUAAUCUUAUAGUAUUAAAAUCCUCUGGAACUAUAUAAUUGUUUUUUCUUUUUCGUUUAAAGUAGUCAUUACAAUGUAAAUCUGUCAUUAAAAUGAUGUGCUCUUUUCCCCUGGGAAUACCUAUGAUGUUGGGUUUUUGGCUGGAUUUACACAGGCACAAAGAUCAGAUUUUUAACCCAGUGAAGGGUUGAAGAUGUGAAUACAUUCUUCUGUUUGACCUCCAGUCUGUCUGUGUAUCUAUCUAUGCUAUUGAAAGGGUAAAAAUCCCACUUUCUGUUCCUGUGUAAACAGUCUCACUUGUGACCUUGAGGCCUGUGUGGCACUUUUUGUACUGAAUUAAAGAAUGGUACGGUUUUUUAUCAUGA